GUUAAUGGAAUGAAAAAAAUCCCUAUUUCGUUUUCCCCAUUCAUCGAAAUUCCUCUUGCCUGCCUAUUCUGAACUAUCCUCCGCUUCUGCCGCCGCCGCCUUCGACGGAGGAGCGUCGAAAUUGAUUAACAUCCACCGAACGAGACGGUAGUCAAGGGACGAUUCGAUUGGUAUGGAACAGAAGCAGUUUCUUUUGUCGGCGUUGAGCGUCGGCGUCGGCGUUGGUGUAGGGCUGGGGUUGGCGUCGCCGUCGGUGAGCAAAUGGGCCGGCGGGAACGCUUCGGCGACCAACGCCGUGACGGGGGAUAAGUUGGAGCAUGAGCUAUUGAGACAAGUGCUUCACGGGAGAGAAAGCGGCGUCACGUUUGCCGAGUUCCCUUACUACCUCAGUGACCAAACCCGAACAUUGCUGACAAGUGCUGCCUAUGUCCAUUUGAAACAUGCCGAUGUUUCAAAGUACACGAGGAACCUUUCACCCGCUAGUCGAACUAUACUGCUCUCUGGCCCUGCAGAACUCUACCAGCAAAUGCUUGCCAAAGCUUUAGCUCAUUAUUUUGAUGCCAAACUGCUGCUGUUAGAUAUAACUGACUUCUCCCUCAAGAUUCAGAGCAAGUACGGCACGAGCAAGGAAACUUCUUCUUUUAUGAAAAGGUCAGCUUCGAUGGAGCGGCUGUCUGGUUUCCUGGGAUCCUUGUCCAUACUGCCCCAGGAUAGAGGACCUAUGGGUGGUGGGACUCUACGUAGGCAGCACAGUGGAGUGGACCUUUCUUCAGCAGGUGGGAUGGAAGGUUCCUCUAAUCUCCCCAAGCUACGAAGAAAUUCCUCUACUUCUAAUAUGAACAUGCUAGCCGCACAAUCUGCUUCUGCAAAUACAGCUCCUUUGAGGCGACAAAGCAGCUUAUCUUUCGACGGGAAGCUUUUUAUACAGUCUCUUUACAAAGUCCUGGUAUACGUCUCCAAGACAAGUCCUAUGGUCCUCUACCUUAGGGAUGUGGACAAGUUCCUGUCACGUUCGCAGAGAAUAUACAACCUGUUCCACAAAAUGCUGAAGCAACUCUCUGGAUCAGUGCUGAUCCUCGGUUCUCAAAGCGUGGAUCUCGACAACAACGACUACAUGGAGGUCGACGAGAGGCUCACAUUGCUGUUCCCUUACAACAUCGAGAUCAAGCCGCCGCAAGACGAGAACCAACACAUCAACUGGAAGUCCCAGCUGGAGGAGGACAUGAAGAUGAUCCGAGUUCAGGACAAUAGGAACCACAUCAUGGAAGUUCUCUCAUCCAACGAUCUCGAUUGUGAUGAUCUGGAUACUAUCUGCACGGCUGACACGAUGGUUCUUGGUAACUACAUUAAGGAAAUUGUUGUGUCCGCUAUUUCUUAUCAUCUGAUGAACAGCAAGGAUCCUUAUUACCGUAAUGGGAAGCUCGUCAUUUCAUCUAAGAGUUUGGCCCAUGGAUUGAACAUAUUCCAAGAAGGCAAAUCUGUUGGCAGUAUCAAGUUAGCAACUCAGGCUGAACUCCCCAAGAAUGUAGGAAAGCCAGAAGUAAAAACUGAUGCAGUGGUACCAGAAAAGAAGGCCGAUACGGGAACAUCAGGAGGAGGAGCUAAACCAGAUGCGGAUGCUCCGCCACCACCAAAGGCUCCAGAGGUCGCACCUGACAACGAAUUCGAGAAGCGCAUUAGACCAGAGGUGAUACCAGCAAAUGAGAUCAACGUAACCUUUGCCGACAUCGGUGCUCUAGAAGAGACCAAAGAGUCAUUACAGGAGCUGGUGAUGCUUCCCUUAAGACGACCAGACUUAUUCGACGGUGGACUGCUGAAGCCAUGCAGGGGAAUCCUGCUCUUUGGACCGCCCGGCACAGGCAAAACAAUGCUUGCCAAGGCCAUUGCUCGAGAAGCUGGAGCUAGUUUCAUUAACGUGUCAAUGUCUACAAUUACAUCCAAAUGGUUUGGCGAGGAUGAGAAGAACGUCCGUGCGUUGUUCUCGCUCGCGUCGAAGGUCUCUCCGACAAUCAUUUUCGUGGACGAGGUUGACAGCAUGCUCGGGCAGAGAACCAAGGUUGGGGAGCAUGAAGCCAUGAGGAAGAUCAAGAACGAGUUCAUGACUCACUGGGAUGGCUUGGCAACGAAGCAAGGAGAGAGGAUUCUUGUUCUUGCUGCGACGAAUCGUCCUUUCGAUCUCGAUGAAGCUAUCAUCAGGCGUUUCGAGCGUAGGAUCAUGGUUGGACUUCCUUCCGUGGAGAACCGCGUAAGGAUCAUGAAAACCUUGUUGUCGAAGGAGAAGGUUGAUGAACAAAUGGAUUUCAAGGAGCUGGCGACGCUUACAGAAGGCUACUCUGGGAGUGAUCUGAAGAAUUUGUGUACCACUGCUGCUUAUCGCCCAGUUAGGGAGUUGAUACAGCAAGAGAGGAAAAGGGAUAUGGAGAAGAAGAAAGCUGCAGAAGGUACAGAGGCGGCGGCGAAAGGAGAAAAGCAGGAGAGAGUGAUUACUCUUCGGCCGUUGAACAUGGAAGACUUCAGGCUGGCUAAAAACCAGGUGGCAGCUAGCUUUGCAACAGAAGGAUCGAUAAUGUCGGAGUUGAAGCAGUGGAAUGACUUGUAUGGUGAAGGUGGUUCAAGGAAAAAGGAACAGCUAUCCUACUUCUUGUAAAAUUAAUGCUUUAAUCCACU